AUGGCUUUCAGCAGUCUUGGAAUCCUUAUCACUGCCAGCAUAAUAAUCAUAUUUGUUCUAUAUUCAAAUACUCCUAUUAUUCGUGCAACUGGACGCGAAUUAACGCAUCUCUUAUUAGCUGGUUGUCUACUUUGCUAUGCUGUCUCCUUUUUUAUGAUGAUCACACCAAACAAAUUCACCUGUGCUCUGCAACGUAUUUGUAUUGGUCUUGGAUUUGCCGUUAUGUACGCACCAUUAGUGACCAAGACAAAUCGUAUAUAUCGCAUUUUUGAGGCUGCAAGCCGGACAACAAAACGACCAGCUUAUGUAUCACCAAGAUCUCAGAUAAUCAUUACAGCGGUUCUGAUUGGUAUUCAGUUGGCCCUUUCAGCCAUCUGGAUAGGUUUUGACCCUCCCUCUACCAGAUACUUUAUGACAAAUCCAGGACAAUUAGAAUUGCGCUGUGAGACAAAAAACACGAACUUUCUCAUUUCUCUUGCCUACAACAUCCUGCUUAUCAUAGUCUGCACGGCGUAUGCUAUAAAAACACGCCACAUUCCAGAGAACUUUAAUGAAUCUAAGUUCAUCGGUUUCACAAUGUAUACGACAUGCAUCAUUUGGCUGGCUUUUAUACCGAUUUACUUUACCACCAUGGAGAGGAUUGAGGUGAGCUAUGUUACAAAACAACUAAUGAAUAUACAUUUUUAA